AUGAGAUUUGAGGGGCAUCCCGAGUCUUCCGGGCAGGGACCACAAGCAUCCAGCCCGACCCGAGAAUACUCUGGGUCAGGUACCGCGUUGCACAAGUUCCUACUACAGGCAGCGUUCCUGCAUAAGAGUUCCGCCGAUGACUUCACAUCUUUAAGAAAUUCCCCUUACAAUAUCCAUCCCUUUACAACACUCAAUUCUAGUAGUAUACAAUUUACUCGGAAUGAAGCCAGCGGUGGAGUGUUUAGUAAAACAGCUUUCAGAUUUUCCAGCCAUGUGCCGAUCCAAACUGGGUCGCAUCCCUCCCCGUUUCAGCUCCGACAUCCUUACAAGGAUGUCCAAAAGGCCAUUGUGAUUUUCAGAAGUGAAACUGAUUUGUUGAACAAUCCAGGACAAAGAAAGUUGUCUUGGCCUGAUCUCUUUCCGCUUUUAGAAUUCUACACCCUCUUGAGAGAGGAAUGGUGGAACUCUACUGAGUACUCGCGACAAUUAUCCAUUAUCGCUGACAAGAGACUAUUGCGAGAGAGCCGAUCAUGGAUUUGUGGAAGGCUGAGGGUGGAACAUGCGCUAUUUAGGAGCUUCUCGAAAAUCGGAUUUAGGAGGGGGAUUGACCGAUGA